GGUGGGUACCGCGAGCGCCCGAUCGCCGAGUGGGACCAGGCGGGCGGCUCGGGAUGAGGACGCGCCGGGCCACCCCUCGCCGCGCGGCGGGGCUCCUCCUGCUGCUCCUCCCGUGCUUUGGGCUUGCGCAGCCCUCUGGCCGCUCAGGCAAUGAUCCAUUCACCAUCAUCAAUGCAAACACAAGCCAAUGCAUCAAACCCCUGUCCAGCUGGAUAGUAGCAGCGGACUGUCUUGAAACUGAAGACAUGUUAUGGAAGUGGGUGUCCCAGCAUCGACUUUUUCAUUUGCAAUCCCGGAAGUGCCUUGGCCUAGACAUUACUAAACCCGAGGAUUCUUUGGGAUUGUUUAGCUGUGACUCCAGUGUUAUGCUGUGGUGGAAGUGUGACCACCACUCAGUGUAUGGUGCUGCCCAGUAUAGGCUGGCUCUGCAGAGCGGUCAUGCCAUAGCAACUACUGAUGCAUCUGAUGUCUGGAAGAAAGGAGGCUCGGAGGAAAGCCUCUGUGACCAGCCCUACCAUGAGAUCUAUACCAGAGAUGGGAACUCCUAUGGGAGACCUUGUGAAUUUCCAUUCUUGGUUGAUGGGACAUGGCAUCAUGAGUGCAUUCUUGAUGAAAAUCAUAGUGGGCCAUGGUGUGCCACCACCUUAAAUUAUCAAUAUGAUCAAAAGUGGGGCAUCUGCUUAAAACCAGAAAAUGGCUGUAAAGAUAAUUGGGAAAAGAAUGAGCAGAUUGGAAGUUGCUACCAAUUUAAUACUCAGGCAGCUCUUUCUUGGAAAGAAGCUUAUGUUUCAUGUCACAAUCAAGGAGCUGACUUAGUGAGCAUCAAUAAUGCUGCUGAAUUAACUUAUCUUCAAGAAAAAGAAGGCAUUGCUAGAUUAUUCUGGAUUGGUUUAAAUCAGCUGUACUCUGCUAGAGGCUGGGAAUGGUCGGACCACAAGCCAUUAAACUUUCUCAACUGGGACCCAGAUAGGCCAAGUGCACCUACAAUCGGUGGAUCAAGCUGUGCAAGAAUGGAUGCCGAGUCUGGUCUGUGGCAGAGUUUUUCCUGUGAAGCGCAACUGCCCUAUGUCUGUAGGAAACCACUAAAUAAUACAGUGGAAUUAACAGAUGUGUGGACAUAUUCUGAUACCCACUGUGACUCAGGCUGGCUGCCAAAUAACGGAUUUUGCUAUCUGCUGGUAAAUAAAAGUGAUUCCUGGGAUGAGGCACAUAAAAAAUGCAAAGCUUUCGGUAGUGACCUCGUCAGCAUUCACUCUCUAGCUGAUGUGGAGGUGGCUGUCACAAAACUCCAUAAUGGGGAUGCCAAGGAAGAAAUAUGGAUAGGCCUUAAGAACAUAAAUGUACCACCUUUAUUUCAGUGGUCAGAUGGUACUGAAGUUAUUGUCACAUACUGGGAUGAGAAUGAGCCAAAAGUUCCUUACAAUCAGACUCCCAACUGUGUUUCCUAUUUAGGAAAGCUAGGUCAGUGGAAAGUCCAGUCGUGUGAAGAGAAACUCAAAUAUGUAUGUAAGAAAAAGGGAGAGAAAAUGAGUGAUACAAGGUCUGAUAAGAUGUGUCCUCCAGAGGAGGGCUGGGAGAGACAUGGAGAAACUUGUUACAAGAUUUACAAGGAUGAAGUCCCUUUUGGAACAAACUGCAAUCUGACUAUCACUAACAGAUUUGAGCAAGAAUACCUAAAUAAUAUGAUGAAAAAUUAUGAUAAAUCUUUAAGAAAACACUUCUGGACUGGCCUGAGAGAUGUGGAUUCACGUGGAGAGUAUAGUUGGUCAACUGUUGGUGGAAUAAAGCAGGCUGUAACCUUUUCCAACUGGAAAUUUCUUGAGCCAGCUUCUCGAGGUGGAUGCGUGGCUAUGUCUACUGGGAAGUCUCUUGGAAAGUGGGAGGUGAAGGACUGCAGAAGCUUCAGAGCACUUUCAAUCUGCAAGAAGAUAAGUGGACCUCGUAAGCCGGAGGAAGCAGCCCCUAAGCCUGAUGACCCCUGUCCUGAAGGCUGGCAGAGUUUCCCCUCAGGUCUUUCUUGUUUUAAGGUAUUCCAUGUAGAAAGAAUUGUGAGAAAGAGGAACUGGGAAGAAGCUGAAAGAUUCUGCCAAGCACUUGGAGCACACCUUCCUAGCUUCAGUCACGUGGAUGAAAUAAUAAAAUUUCUUCACUUUAUAGUGGACCAGUUCAGUGGCCAGCGUUGGCUGUGGAUUGGUUUGAAUAAAAGGAGCCCAGAUUUACAAGGAUCCUGGCAAUGGAGCGAUCAUGCACCAGUGUCCACUAUUACCAUGGCAGAUGAAUUUCAGCAGGAUUAUGACAUCAGAGACUGUGCUGCCGUCAAGGUAGCUCAUAGGCCAUGGAGAAGAGGCUGGUAUUUCUUUGAUGACAGAGAAACCAUCUUUUUCAGACCUUUUGCUUGUGAUACAAAACUUGAAUGGGUGUGCCAGAUUCCAAAAGGCCACACUCCAAAGACACCGGACUGGUACAAUCCAGAGCGUGCUGGAAUUCAUGGACCUCCAGUUAUAAUUGAAGGAAGUGAAUACUGGUUUGUGGCUGACCCACGCUUAAACUACGAAGAAGCCAACCUGUACUGUGCUAGCAAUCACAGCUUUCUUGCUACUAUAACAUCUUUUGCAAGACUAAAAGCCAUCAGAAAAAAAAUAGCAAAUAUAUCUGUUGAUGAACAGAAGUGGUGGGUGAGAACCAGUGAGCAGCCAAUAGAUCAUCGUUAUAUAUACUCACACCUGUCACACUACUUUCCCAUGGCGGUUGGAGAGGAAUGCUUGUACAUGUCUGCCAAGACUUGGCUUAUUGACUUAAAUAAACCAGCAGACUGUAGUUCCAAGUUUCCCUUCAUCUGUGAAAAAUACAAUGUAUCUUCAUUAGAGACAUAUAGCCCGGAUUCUGCAGCUAAAGUACAGUGUUCUGGAGAUUGGAUUCCUUUUCAGAAUAAGUGUUUUCUAAAGGUGAAAUCCACAUCUCUUAAGUUUUCUCAAGCAAGCGAGUUGUGUCACUCGUAUGGUGGCACCCUGCCUUCAAUCUUGAGCCAGAACGAACAAGAUUUUAUUACGUCCUUGCUUCCGGGUAUGGAAACCACUGUAUGGAUUGGUUUGCGCUGGACUGCCUUUGGGAGGAUCAGCAAAUGGACGGAUAACCGGGAGCUGACAUUCAGUAACUUUCACCCAUUACUGGUUGGUCGGAGGCUGAGAAUACCAGGAAAUUUUUUCGAGGAGGAGUCUCAGUACCACUGUGCCAUCAUACUCAACCUCCAAAAGUCACCUUUUACUGGGACAUGGAAUUUUACUGCCUGCAGUGAACGCCACUCUGUAGCUCUCUGUCAGAAAUAUCCAGAAAUUAAAGGCACAGAGACCUUGCAGAAUACGUCAGAAACUGUAAAAUACCUAAAUAACCUGUACAAAAUAAUCCCAAAGACUCUGACUUGGCACGCUGCUCAAAGGGAGUGUCUGCAAAACAACAUGCGCCUGGUGAGCAUCACAGACCCCUACCAGCAGGCCUUCCUCGCCGUGCAGGCCGUGCGGCGCAACUCCUCCAUGUGGAUCGGCCUCUCCAGCCAGGAUGAUGAGCUCAACUUUGGUUGGUCAGAUGGGAAACAUCUACAUUUCAGUCGCUGGGCUGAAAACAGCGAGCGACUUGAAGACUGUGUACUGCUAGACACGGAUGGAUUCUGGAAAACAGCCGAUUGCAGUGAUGAUCAACCAGGUGCUAUUUGCUACUAUCCAGGAAAUGAGACUGAACAAGAGGUCAGACCACUUGCCAGUGUUAAAUGUCCAUCUCCUGUUCUGAAUACUCCAUGGAUACCAUUUCAGAACUGUUGUUACAAUUUCAUGAUAACAAAGAAUAGACAUACGGCAAUAACACAGGAGGAAGUACAUUCUAAAUGCCAGAAACUACAUCCAAAAUCCCAUAUUUUGAGUAUUCGAGAUGAAAAUGAGAACAACUUUGUUUUAGAACAACUUCUGUACUUCAGUUAUAUGGCUUCGUGGGUCAUGUUAGGAAUAACUUAUGAAAAUAAUUCUCUUAUGUGGUUUGAUAAGACCAGGCUGUCCUAUACACACUGGAGAGAAGGAAGACCAACUAUAAAGAAUGGCAAAUUUUGGGCCGGUUUGGGUACUGAUGGCUUCUGGGAUAUUCACACCUUUAAUAUUAUUGAGGAAAUACUUUAUUUUCAUCAGCAUAGCAUUCUUGCUUGUAAAAUUGAAAUGGUUGACUACAAAGAAGAACAUAAUUCUACACUGCCACAGCUUAUUCCAUAUGAAGACGGUAUUUAUAAUGUUAUUCAAAAAAGGGUAACAUGGUAUGAAGCAUUAAACGCAUGUUCUCAAAAUGGAGGUUAUUUGGCAAGUGUUCAUAACCAAAAUGGCCAGCUCUUUCUGGAAGAUGUUGUAAGACGUGAUGGAUUUCCACUAUGGGUUGGGCUAUCGAGUCAUGAUGGAAGUGAAUCAAGUUUUGAGUGGUCUGAUGGCAGUACAUUUGACUACAUCCCAUGGAAAGGCCAAAAAUCUCCUGGGAACUGUGUUGUAUUGGAUCCAAAAGGAAUUUGGAAACAUGAAAAAUGCAACUCUGUUAAGGAUGGUGCUAUUUGUUACAAACCUUCAAAAUCUAAAGAGCUAUCACCAUAUGCAUACUCAUCAAGAUGCCCGGCAGCAAAAGGCAACGGGUCGCGGUGGAUCCAGUAUGGGGAUCACUGCUACACAUCUGACCAGGGAUUGCACAGUUUCUCAGAGGCCAAACAAUUGUGUCCAGAAUUUGAUCAUUCUGCAAAUAUUAUUUCCAUAAAAGAUGAAGCUGAGAAUAAAUUCGUGAGCAGGCUGAUGAGGGAAAAUAAUAACAUUACCAUGAGAGUUUGGCUUGGAUUCUCUCAAAAUUCUGCUGACCAGUCUUGGAGUUGGUUAGAUGGAUCAGAAGGGAAAUUUGUCAAAUGGGAAAAUAAGAGUAAGAGUGGUAAUGGAAAAUGUAGCAUUUUGAUAGCUUCAAAUGAAACUUGGAAAAAAGUUGAAUGUGCACAUGGCUUCGGAAGAGUUGUCUGCAAAGUUCCUCUGGGCCCUGAUUACAGAGGAACAGUUAUUACCUUUGCAGUGCUAAGUGUCUUAGCUCUCAUCAGUGGACUCACUUGGUUUUUCUUCCAAAAGAAUCGUUUCCACUGGACACGCUUCUCAUCAGUUCGGUAUGAACAAGGAGUGAAUGAAAAUGAGAUUAUGCUUCCUUCCUUCCAUGACUAAAUUAUUCAAAAAGUUUGCUAAUUUGCACUCAUAUGUUAGGAAAAAUGAGCCACUUAAAAUUUUCCAGUGUCAGUAUUUACUCCGUUCCAAAGUAAAAGUCUUAACUACUGUUUUAGUUGCUUAGGUCGUAUGUAUAUGCCGGUAUCCGGAAUUGAUUGCCCAUUAAAUGCCACGUUUAUAACUCUAAUUUAUACAACAGAGAGGACUUGAAGUUGGAACCCAAGCCCAAAUUGUUUGUAGGGUAAUAAUUUUAAUAUGCAUUUUCUCUGUAGGAAUAGUAACUAGGAUUUUUUUUUAAUGGACUGUUUCACAAAACUUCUCAGGAAAUUAAAAUUACCAGGUCACCUACUUUUAAUUUUUUAUGUCAGAUUAAUAUAAGAGUACAGAUGAUUAGAUUAGAUUGUGUUUGCUACAUUUGUGUUUGUUAUGUAAAGUCCUAGGUGUAAUUUUUUUAAUUUUUAAAGCAUCCAACCAAUUACAAAAUUAGUACCUCAGGGUUAAAAAUCUUAGCUGUAAAUAGUAUCAACAUUGUUUCAAAAUAGCCAUUUAUAGUAUUGGGGGAAAAUUAUUAAAGAAUGAGCUGUGCUUACUUUUUAUAUAGCAAAAUGAUGCCUCUUGGCAAGAUCCUUCUUAUACUGCUCCAAAGAUAUUUCAUACUAGUAUUAUUUAAAUGCAAAGGUUUUUUUCUGCUCAUAAUUGUUCAUGAAACAAUGGCAUUUAAAGAUUUAGCACUUACCAUUUUCUAAAGUGUCAGAAUAUUAUUUUCAGAUUGAUUAGGUACUGUGAAACAGCACGUUUUCUCUUUUCUGAUGUCGUACGUGUAAAUGCUUCCUUCUUAAAGGGACUCAAUUAAGUAUAAGAAUGCUUCACAAUUUUACAAAGCGCAUUGACUUUUGACUGAGAAUUUUUUAUUAUUUUGUUACUUUUUUAUAUAAGCUAAAUGGAGAAGGGGUACAUGAAGGAAAUUAUCUAACCUGCAUUUGUAAAAAUAAGGAUUUUUCAAUGAAACUCUAAACCUUGUAAUUACUAUUAAAAGACUUAAAGUUAUGAAUUAAGGAAAUACUGUUUUGUGGCUAUCACUUAAAAUUUUGACACCUAGAAUUAUUCUUAAUAAUAGCAUCCACUGGAUAUGGUGAAUGUUUUACUUAGCAUUUAACUUCUAUUUAUACUUUAGAGUAUUUUUGUAUAAAAUCCACAGAUUUAUUUUAAAUUUAGAGUAUUUACAUUAUAAUAAAGUUGUAAAUACAUUUUCUAAGACAGUUUUCAUGUGGUUUAUAGUUAUCCUGAAAUAUUUUUUAUUCAAUUUGUUAGACGUUCUCUUGUCCCAUGAUCUCUACAAUUUUAGUCAUUUGGACUUUCCUCAGAGAAGUGGAUGGACUUGAUGUGUAAAGUACAGCUGUAUAUUAGUAUAGUAGUGAUGUCCUAAUAAAGUUGUUUUAAGUAAAAGUGUUGGAGUUAAUUCUUGUUAAAAAGAAAAUAUCUCUAGAUUGGGGUUUAUUAUGUUAGUCAUAUAGUAUGUUGAGAAAUAAAGUGUCUAGCUAUUGUAAACUGAGGCAUUCUUUAAGAGAUUUUGUGUACCUUUUUUAAAGGAUAAAUAUAAG